CAGCAACAUAGUCCUCUCCGUUUCCUGGACGUACUGCCACGUUAUUAGUGGCAUAGAACAAAAUUGAGGCGACAUUUAGGACUAGUACAAGUUAAAAGAAAUCAGCUACGUUAUCUGUCUUCGAGUGUAAAAUUACAUUUUACCUAAGAGUUCUUGGUUUGAAGAUUAUCUGAGAUGCUAAAGUUGUUGAUUGUGUGCGCACUGGCCGCCGUCGCCGCGGCUGAUUUUCCUGAGGAGGAAGAUGUGCUCGUGCUGAAGAAAAGUAACUUCGAUGAGGUGCUCAAAACUUACCCAAAUGUCCUCGUUGAGUUUUAUGCACCUUGGUGUGGGCACUGCAAGGCCCUGGGCCCAGAAUACGCUAAAGCUGCAGGAAUCCUGAAAGCAGAAGGUUCAGAUAUCAGACUAGGUAAAGUAGAUGCUACUGAGGAGAAUGAACUUGCUCAAGACUUUGGUGUUCGAGGAUAUCCCACCAUCAAGUUCUUCAAAGGAGGAGAAAAGGAUAACCCCAAGGAGUAUUCUGCUGGUCGACAGGCUGAGGAUAUUGUCAACUGGCUGAAAAAGCGAACUGGUCCUGCAGCCUCUACUUUAAGUGAUGUCGCACAAGCAGAGUCUCUUAUUGCAGAUAAUGAGGUUGCAGUCAUUGGUUUCUUUAAGGAUGUUGACUCAGAUAGUGCCAAGGCCUUCAUUAAAGCUGCAGAGGCUGUGGACGAAAUCCGCUUCGGCAUUACCUCUGACGAUGCUGUGUAUGCAAAGUUGGAAAUUUCCCAGGAUGGUGUUGUGCUUUUUAAGAAGUUUGAUGAGGGUCGCAACACGUUUGAUGGAGAGAUCAACAAAGAAAAUCUCUUGAACUUCAUCAAGUCCAACCAGCUUCCACUGGUUAUCGAGUUCACAGAGCAGACUGCUCCAAAAAUCUUUGGAGGCGAAAUCAAGUCCCACAUUCUAAUGUUUGUGCCCAAAACAGCCGAAGACUUCCAGGAAAAGAUGGAACAAUUUAAGAAAGCCUCAGCAGGCUUCAAAGGAAAGAUUCUCUUCAUAUUUAUUGACAGUGAUGUGGAUGAUAACCAGAGAAUCUUGGAGUUUUUUGGCCUUAAGAAGGAAGAGUGCCCAGCGAUCCGCCUCAUCACCCUAGAGGAAGAAAUGACCAAAUACAGACCAGACACCCCUGACAUCACAGCAGAGAACAUCAUUGCCUUUUGCAACGCCUUUACAGAGGGAAAACUAAAGCCACAUCUGAUGAGUCAGGACAUUCCUGAAGACUGGGAUAAGAACCCUGUCAAGGUCUUGGUGGGCAAGAACUUUGAGGAGAUUGCUUUCAACUCUGCCAAGAAUGUCUUUGUGGAGUUUUAUGCCCCAUGGUGUGGUCACUGUAAGCAGCUGACUCCCAUUUGGGAUCAACUUGGUGAGAAAUUCCAAAACAACCCUGAUAUCAUUGUGGCCAAGAUGGAUUCCACAGCUAAUGAGAUUGAAACUGUGAAAGUACAUAGCUUCCCUACUCUGAAGUUCUUUCCUGCUGGUGAUGACCGUACGGUAAUUGACUACAAUGGUGAGAGAACACUAGAUGGAUUUACAAAGUUUUUGGAGAGCGGAGGAAAAGAUGGUGGGGCACCAGCAGGAGAUGAUGAUGAAGAAUCAGAUGAUCUGGAUCUUGAUGAUGCAGAGGAAGAUGACUCGGAUGUGGAAGAUGGACAUGAUGAGUUAUAAGAGUCAGAAUGAAGUGAAACCCUUUUACCCAAAUGGACAAAGCCUUUCAUCACCACCUACGUUUGAAAACCUUCCCGUAUGUGAACACUAAAGCUGUUCCUAAAUAAUCUUAUAGCCACCAGGUGUAACGGAGAGCUUCGUCAGCAGUACUGUGGUCUUCACAGAUUCCACUGGUCAUAUGCAGUACAGAGAAGUGUCUUUCUGCCCACAUAAAGAACUUAAUGGCAUUAAAGAACUUUAAUAACUUCCCUCCACCCAUUUUUUUUAUGUUUUAUUGUACCCUGAUAUUACCAUAUAAUUUAUUUUUAGGAAUCUGUAAUGCUCUGUCAAACUUUCACUUUAAAACUGCUGACUAUUUUAUGAUUCAGGGGUGAUUCUUUCUGUUUUUUUUUUCAUGUAUUACUGCUAAAAUGUUUGGACCGUUGUUUCAGGGCAGAUAAGCUGAAUGUUUGAAAAGGAAACAAAUGUAAACCGUAAAUUAAUGCACAUCAGCUGUUUGAAUGUGCAAGAAGAGUUUUAAUGCCAUCAUUCCACAUCAGUUAAUGAUCUCUUGUACCUUCCUGCUGUCCAUGACCUUAUUGGAAGAUGCCAGCUGGUGGUAUCAUGUCAUUUAACUUCUUAGUGGUCUGUGAAAGCCUUUUAUUCCCCCCUCUUAUGACACGGUUCAGGGUCAAGCAAGUCUGUUUUUCUUGGUGGGGUUAAUUUGAGGGGCAGUAUUAAAAGAUGGGGGAUUUGGGAAAUUGGGAUAAGUUUUUAAGGGAUUGGGUUAGGGUUUUGAAAUGAAAAGGAUGACCGAGAUGCAAAGCAUUCCAUUGCAUUUAAACUGAGAAGUAAACUGGUGGCCAAAUAAAUAACAAAUGGUGAAAUGGUUGUGUUUAUUUUGUUAACCAAUUAUUAAUUAGGGCCCAAGUAUUGAAAGUAUGAAAGGCACUGUUUUUAAGGAUUAUACUUUUCAAGUUUAUGGCCAAGAACUGGUUGUCAGUUGUCUGCCCUCAAAAAGGUUAGCACAUAGGUGUUGCAUCCAAGUGGACGUUGCAGCACCCUUGUUAAAGGCCAAUUAAAAUGGUAUAUAAAUGGCUCAUUCAUGUAUAAAAUUUGGUACAUAUGAUUAUUAUUAUUUGCCCAAAUAACGUUUGCACUAACAUUUACUGGCUUUGCCCCACAGUAAACAUUUUUGGGAACUGCAUGUUGUAAAUUUUUAAAUAAAAUCUUUAGAAUCGAA